AUGGCUGGCUCAAAGCAAAAGAAGAGAUUGACCACCAAUGCAGCCAUUUUGAGGAAUCACUAUAUAGCUGUUGGUGUUGUGAAUAUCAUUUACCUUGUAUAUGUUGUAUUUUAUUAUGAUACUUUCUCAACAUUUAACUGGAUUGGAUAUAUUUCUCUCUUGUUGGGAUAUUUCUUUUGUCUGAAAGCAAUUACAAGUUAUGCAAAACCAGUUGAAUCUAUAAAUCCAGAAAAUGGACAACGAACUCUCCUAGAUGUCAAUGAUUUGAGCGAUGUUUCUGGAUCUCUUACGGAAUACAUGUUUGAUAUUAUUUAUUUGGAAUGUUUUGUUCAAUUGGCGACCAUCAUUUCAGGAUGGUUUUACUUGAUAUUAUUAAUUAUUCCAAUCUUUGCAAUUUACAAACUCUAUUUCUCUCUUGUUCAACCUUUCUUACAGAGCAGAUCCAUGAUGGGACAACUGGCCCACGGUGGCAAUGCUCGUCCAACAGAGGCUGACAAUAUUUCCGAUAAGAAGAGAAAAAAGUUAGAAAGACAAGAAAAGAGACAACAACAACAAAUGCAAAGAAUGAGAAUACGUCCACAACAAGCUAGCGGUGAUGAGGAUGAAGAUUAA